GGAGAGUGGAGGACAGGACACAGAGGAAUGGGGUUUCAGAGCAAACUGCAAAAGAAAAGAGAGGUAACUUUAGCAUGAGGAGGAGGAGUAGGAAGAAUAUGUGUGGGAGGGAAAGAGACAGAGAGAGUGCGUAUGUCUGAGAUAGAGGAAGCAAAUCUGCAGUGUAAAGUGAGCAGCUGGGAUUGUGUACUGAGUUUUACCUCCAGGACAGACUGGGGAGACGCGAGGAAGCAGCCAUGAACCACACUAUGGAGUGUGUGUCCUGGGCCCGUGUUUGCCAUGGCUCUAGUUCAGGAUUUGCCUGUGCCCACUGAUCACCCAAAGCCCAGUGCUGACAUCCAGCAGUUCUGCUCAGUUUCUCACUCCCCCACUGUGGGUGCAACAGGUACCAUGGGGUCUGUCAGUAGCCUCAUCUCUGGACGUUCCUACCAGGAGCGCCACUGCCGAGCCGUCAGUGAAUUUGGCGCUAAGUAUCGUAAACCCACACCAGCCACCAGCUGUUUCCGACAGCAAGAGGGCACACUCCGCAGAACCAGUUCACAGGAGCAGCUUGUCAACAACCAGCCUCCUCUACCUGCAAAGAACAAGUCCUCUGCCCUUAUUUCUGCUGGCAAUGGCAACUAUGGCUAUUUGAGUGAUGAGCCAGUGGGGGACUGGAAUGAUAAUCAUGUGACCAAGUGUAGCCCAUGCACUGAUACUGAAGAGCCUCCUGAUAACAGAUCUAUGAAUGGUAACUUCGGAGGCCCUCCACCCAAGCUCAUCCCUGUGUCUGGCAGGCUAGAGAAGAAUAUGGAGAAGAUACUAAUCCGUCCCACUGCCUUCAAGCCUGUCAUGCCAAAGAAUCGCAAUUCUGUGCAGUACCUGUCUCCACGCCCAGGGGGCAGUCUGUCUGAAAGCCAGGGAAGUCUCAACCUCUUACUCCCUGGUGGGGGAGCAGGGUUGGGUUGUGCAGAGAAGCGAAACUCUUACAGUGGGAGUCGCAAUGCACGGAGUAACCAAUCCGGCACCAUGUCCGACUCAGGCCGCAACUCCCUCUCCAGCCUGCCCACCUACAGCAGCACUGGGUACAGCUUGGCGCAGAGCGAAGUACCCUCCGGCCAUAUGGAAACCUCACGUUCUAGUGGUGGCCAUGGACACUCCAAUUCUGACAGUGGUCGAUCAUCGUCAAGUAAGAGCACAGGGUCUUUAAGUGGGCGAGGUCAGCCCCUGUCAGAGAAUGGAUCAUGUGGGCAGUCCCCUGCUCCAGGGGAAGGAUAUGAAGGUGUCAUUCGUGAACUAGAGGAGAAACUACGGGAGCGAGACCAGGAGCUGCAACAACUCAGGGACAACCUGGAUGAGAAUGAGGCAGCCAUUUGUCAGGUGUAUGAGGAGAAGCAGAGGCGCUGUGAGCAGGAGAUGGAAGAACUUCGGCAGAGCUGUGCAUCAAAGAUGAAGCAGGUGCAGAUAAAGGCACAACGUGCACAACAGGUUCUGCAGCUGCAGGUGUUUCAACUGCAGCAGGAGAAAAAGAAACUGCAGGAGGAUUUUUCACAGCUGCUGCAGGAAAGGGAGGCACUGGAGAAGAGGUGUGCCUCUUUUGAGAGAGAACAGACUCAAUUAGGUCCCCGUCUAGAGGAAACAAAGUGGGAGGUAUGUCAAAAGUCAGGUGAAAUCUCUCUGUUGAAGCAGCAGCUGAAGGACACACAGGCAGAUCUUGGUCAGAAAGCCAGUGAGAUUAUUGCUUUGAAGGCCCAGCUGAGAGAGGGUCGCUCUGAACUGCAAGCCAGCCAGGCUUAUUCGCAAGAAGCUCAUGUCACAGCCCGUACCCGCACACUAGAACUGGAGGUUUGUGAAAAUGAACUGCAGCGUCGUAAGAGUGAAGCUGAACUCCUGCGAGAAAAGUUGGGCCGUUUGGAGGAAGAGUCCCUCCGUCUGAAAGAGGCCCUGGCAGUGCCCACAUCCCAAGCUCCACCUUCUAAAGGCCAAUGCAUGAGCUUGCCCCUGCCUCAAAGCCGUGUGGGGAUUGCUCACGGGAUCAGCCCUGCUUUCUGGGACAGCAGCAGCAAAGAACAUCUUGCGUAUGAAAGCGAUGAAGCAAAGGUGCAACGACAGAGCAUGCUUCAUGGUCUCCGUCAGCAGGUGGAACGAAUGCGAGCAGAGUUGAUGUAUGAGAGGAGGCGGAGCGAGGACCAGCUAGAGGCUUUUGAGGAUGAGCGCAGGGUGUGGCAGGAGGAGAAAGACAAGGUAAUCCGUUACCAGAAGCAGCUGCAACAGAACUACAUCCAGAUGUACCGUCGAAACCGUGACCUUGAGCGUGUGAUGAGGGAGCUUAGUCUGGAGCUAGAGAACAGGGACAUGGAGGAGUUUGACAUGCGAAGCAACGAGAUCCACUUUGAGGAGAUCACUGCCACAGAAAUCUAGGCCACAUCUCACUCUCUGCAAUCAAACCCUUUGAUUUGUCCUAAAAAUUCCUCCACUGUGUUUGUAUGAGGAGAACAUGUCAUCAUAGCAAUAUAAUGUGGCAUGCUUCUUUACACUAUUUCAGAAAUGCACUACAUGACCAACAGUAUGUGGACACCCCUUUCUAAUAAUGGGUUCGGCCCCAAAAUUCCAGACAAACAUUACUACUAUGGCGUACAAUGAUAUUCUAGAGAAUUGUGUGCCUCCGACUUUGUGGUAACAGUUUGGAGAGAGUCCUUUUUUGUUCCUGCAUGACAAUGCCUCUGUGCACAAAUCAGGGGUCCAUAAAAGAUGUGUCUCCUGGGUCUGGUGUAGAAGAACUGGACUGGUCUGCACAAAGCCAAGACCUAAUCCCCCACUGAAUACCUGAUGAAUUAGAUGUUGAUAUCCUCCAAAAUCAGUGUGUGACCUCACUGAUGCACGUUUCUGAAUUGGAGCAAAUCCCCGCAGCCGUAUUCCAACAUCUGCAAGUCAUAUUCCAAACAUAAGCCUUCCCAGAAGAGUGGGAGCUGUUAAGGAUUACCGUCUCCCUAUUAAUGCCAAUGAUCUUGAAAUUAAAAGCCCAACAAGCACAUAUAGGUGUGGUGUUUAAGUGUCAACAUACUUUUGGCCACAUAGUGUACUUCACUCAAGGCAAGUUAUUUUUGUGGUGUCAGCAAAUAAAAUACGGGAGCGAUAUUUAGACAUCUUUAUGAUCCGUUCUUUGCACUGCCUUGGAAACCUGUGAGUGAUUUCAACUGAAUGUACAAUGACUCUGAACAGCGGACAUCAUACAUUGAUGUCACCAGUGACAAACCCCUAUAUAUGAUCUGCAGAAAAAACCCUUUUUACAACUUUUCAUUACUUCAUUUUAAUAACGAGUGCACGAUCAGAAACCCAUAUGACUGUCCCAGCAAAGAAACAUACAGAAAUGUUAAUAAGAUUAGAAAACUGAUGAGAGAUACAGCAUGUCAACUUAGAGUUUCAUGGAUUCAUGCAGAAUCUGCUUGCUCUCAUAUCACAAAGGACAGAGCACACUGCUUGGCUCCCCUAUUAUACUAGCACUAAAACUAAUGGGAAAAUACUUGCAUCAGAUGUUUGGUCACUGAAGCGGCAGUUUUGUUGCGUUGAUUCUUGAUGUUCUAGUUUUUAUGCUGGUAUUUAGAGUGUUCAAUAAACUUGUGCCAUUUCCUUUCAGUCAUUUACAGCACUAUGCAGCAAGAACUCUCUAUAUUUUCUCACAGCCUCACUGCUAACACUACAUUUGAUAAUUAUCACUCAUGUAGAGGUGUUAUUUUUAUAAUUAGAUUAUAUUAGCAAAUAUAACUAGAAAUAUAGCGUCAAAAUAUAUUUUUUCUUUCCUAGUGAUCUUUUAAGUACUGUCAUGCACACUUUACAGAUUGAAUUGCAUGUGUGCAUGAUAACAUAGUAUUUCUGUUGCCAGACAGACAGUCAAGGUAUGGCAUUACACAGGUUACUUUGGGCUGUGUUUCAAUCAGUGGUUUAUCCACCCAUAGUGGGUGAGGCAAUUCUGCUCAGUAAUGACAUAAGUAAUGAAUGCAUAGAUACUAUAUCAUUUUAGAUUUGCAUACAUUUUGAAGAAUACUAAAAAAUUUAAUAAAAAGGGAUAUAUACAUUAUAGCCACUUUUCCACAAUAGGGCUGAACGUUUCCAGUAGCGAAACCGUGCUGAUCCGGGCCAGUUGGUACGGUUACGGUUUCUUUUUCCAUUGUGGUGCUUCAAUGUUUGUAACAAACACAUCAGAUAGAGAUGGCAUGAGAGGUACAAAUUAGUUACCUUGCCAUUGGCAAAUUGACCAUCAUGAGUCACCAUUUACUAAAACCAUUCCACCACCACUGUUUGCUAUACGGCCCGAGAACGGUUUAUAAUCAUGCAGUGCGAAACUGUGCUCAAGUGGAAAUGCUACUGGAUACGUUCUUCAUUGGGCUCAGAACCUUUUUGCCCAAUGGUGGAAAAGUAUCUUAUGUAAACUCUUUUGUUUUUAUGAAACAGAUUCUUUAAAAGAAAAAAAAAAGAGGAAGAAUUAACUAUGUAUAUUUUUAUAUAUAGCAUCUCAAGCUAUUUUGUGGUAAAACAGGUAACUUUGUGGGUUUAACAAAUCUGUAUUGCAUAUUUCGCACACUGUCAUCCAGAAGGAUCAUUUGCCAUCAGCAGUUCAUGGGGAAAUCUGACAGUAGUUCCAACAGUAAGUGCUUUCAUAUUUUCAUAUUAUUGCAUCUUCAGCACAGGAAAUUAACUUGCCUGUUGACAAUACAGAACAUCAUUACCGAUGACGAUUUUAUAGCCUUUUGAAGAAAGGUGCCCUGAACAUUGCCUAACAACAGUGCAACGUUCUGGACAGCUUGGUACAAUGAAUUGGGCAUAAUGGUUCACUGUGCCCGAUUGGUCUGGGCUGCGCUUCCCAAAAGCAUCGUAAGUCUAAUUCGAUUAUAGAAGCCAUUGCCACCAAUGGUCUCUACAAUCAACUUAAGCUUUUUUGGUCAUAUCUCACAUUUAUAGCAAAGACUUGUUAUGGGCCUACAAAAAGAUCACUCUCCCCUGGACAGUACUACAUCCCUCCUGUUAUCAGUCAAUCAUACCCUUGAUGCAAAUAUACAUGUAAAUAUUCCUCAUAUUGUAAUAUUAUUGACAUAUUCAAUAUAUUUGUUUUUACACACACAAAUUAUCUAUUUUGGAGUUGUAACCACUGUGAAUAGACCAAAGCAAAUUAACAUUUAAUCUUGUUUUUCCCUCAUGUAUGUGCUUGUGUAUGCUUUCUUUGUCAAUCAUGCUGUAUAUUUCUUGUAAAAAGUGUUUUUAAUUAAAGAAAAUAAGUC